AUGGCAAGAGAUCAUGAAGGAAGAAUCAGCACUGCCAAGACUGCUACUUUGCAGAAAAUUAUGAAAUACAGAAUGGAACAGCAGCAGAUACAUGAUAAGCAUAUGCAGAAAAGAUUGAGCCAGAGAUCACCAAGGAAUAAUCAAAGUCUUGAGCCUAAACCACCAGAUUUUGUUCAGUACAGGUCAAGCCAGCAUAAGAGGUUUAAAGAAGAAGAUGCAAGAAAAAGAGAAGGUCAUUAUCUUAAAUGGGAAAGACUCAUGGACAAAUGGCUGUGUCACAACAGAAUCCUAAAGAAGGAUGAAUUGUUUUAUGCUGUUACUACCCUCACGGGAAGUGCUCAUAAGUUUUGGUUGCAGAAAGAAGAAGACUUGAAAGUUCACAAGGAGCCAUCUAUCACCACGUGGGAAGAACUGAAAGUGAUACUAAGGAAAAAGUAUGCACCCAAGAGCACCUCACCACAAAGGCAACAAAUCUCAGACUGUGAGAUCACCAAUACUACUGACACAGAACUCCCUAAGGCAAGUGAUCUACUUCUUCAAGAUAUUUCAAAUAAUUCUCAUGACAUGAUAACACACUUGUCUUGUCCAAAACAAGCUGAAAAGGGUACAGGUGAAAAGGAGAAAUGUCCAAGAGAGGCGUGUGGACAAUCAGCACUUGAUACAAGUAAAGAAUCUGAUCUUGUGACAAAAGAGAUAAUUAUCUCGACUGAGUCCAUGCAACUCUUCUUGAAAGGUCAUAGUUUCAAGUGUAGUGUUUUUAAUGUCUCUAUUUCAAGUAUAAUGCACUUGUUCUGUCCCAUUAGUGCUCAAAAAGGAACAGGUACAAUGGAGAGCCUCAUGGAACGUGCAGAAGGUGCAUUGGAGAUCAAGGAGAAACCACCAGAUCAACUUAUCCUACAACAUACUCCAAAGAAACCAGACCGAGAUAUGAUGCACUUGUUUUUGUCAAAAGAACCAUGUGCAGAUUAUGAUGAAGCUUUGAAGCAUACAAGGAGAAAGAACAAGCAUGAGGAAGACAAGCGGUUCAAGCCACCUGAUCUGGAUCAGGAGAAAUACCUAGACGUCCGUGGCUUUAUCAUCAUCAAAGAAGCACCUCCAGAUGCAGCAUACAAGCCAAAACCGAGCAAACACAAAUUUGGGAUAAGACUCUUACUCUUUGAUAAAU